AUGCCUCAAAUGACUACUUGGACAUUUGGGGUUGAGAUCGAAGCUGUGGUCAGGCCACACACACCACGACCGCCUCUGGAUGCUGCUUUAUACUAUAAAAAACUCGCAGCAGCCCUAGUCAAACGAGGCCUUAAAGCCGAGGCCGACGAUUUACUAAGCGGCGAUAGAAGACGACCAGCGAGCUAUGAGAAGUGGUGGAUCACACGCGAUGGCUCUCUUGGAACCUACAGUGAUGCUAUUGCCUUGGAAGCUGUUUCCCCAAUUUUCGAAGUUCGUCGCAAUUGGGACGCAGAUAUCGAUACAUUCUGGGCGGCCAUGAGGGCCGUUUUUCACAUGCCAGACAGAAACACGAGAUGUGGCAGCCACGUCCAUAUCGCGCCAGGGCGCGGUAAACACUUCCGUCUGGAUACAUUGAAGAAGAUGGCAUUCGGAAUUGUCGUCUUUGAGCCUCUCGUCCUUCAAAUGCUCCCUGAAUACAGAGCUGAUAACCCAUACUGCCAGCCCAACACCAGAAACUCGGAACGACUGAGUGCGUGUCGGGGGAACAAGGCGCAGAUUGCGGAGCUCAUCAGCACAGCUUCUACAUGUAUUGCCCUUAGAGGCAUUAUGCAGAAGAAUAGGUAUGUCAUUUGGAACUUUGACAAUACUCUUCCCAACAAGUCGGGCACUAUCGAAUUUCGAGGAGGGCGGAUGCUGAGAGGAGAGAUCCGCACUAAGCGGUGGAUUACCUUUGCCAUUUGCUUCUUGCGCGCUGUUGUGGAGAUCAAUGAUAUCCUUCGAUCAGGCCAUGGAUUGCCGAGCUGGACACCUCAAGCGUUGUAUGACAAGGUGAAAGAGGAAGCAAGGAAGUUGUCACUUGACAGGCAUCUUCCCGCCAGUUACUUGGUCCUGAACGAGAGUUCUAGCCCCCGUCCCCCGUGA